AGGGGGCGGCGCAGACGUUGGCCCCGCCUCCUGUGGGGCGGUCCCGCAGUCCUCUUCGGCGUCUGCUGCUGGAGCAGCGCCGCCUGAGAGCUCCCCGGAGCUGGGCACCUGAUCUGCGCCCAGUGGAUAAAUGGCGAGCAAAAAGCGAGAAGUCCAGCUACAGGCAGUCGUUAAUAGUCAAAGCCUGUGGGAUGAGAUGUUGCAGAACAGAGGCCUAACAGUGAUCGAUGUUUACCAAGCCUGGUGUGGACCGUGCAAAGCAAUGCAACCUUUAUUCAGAAAACUGAGAAAUGAACUGAACGAAGAUGAACUUCUGCAUUUUGUUGUAGCAGAAGCUGACAACAUUAUAACUUUGCAGCCAUUUAGAUAUACAUGUGAACCUGUUUUUCUCUUUAGUGUUAAUGGCAAAAUUAUUGCAAAGGUUAAUGGUGCAAAUGCACCACUUGUUAAUCAAAAAAUUAUUAACUUGAUCGAUGAGGAGAGGAAAAUUGAAGCAGGUGAAAUGGUUCGCCCUCAGUACCAUGAAAUUAUGUUUGUGGACUCAGGUGCAGAAGAUGGUGAGGAAUCACCUUAUAAAAAUACUGAGCCACCAUACAGUAUUGCUAUUAUCAAGCCUGAUGCUGUGAUUGCUGGAAAAUCUCUAGAAAUUAAAGAAAAAAUUCUUGAAGCAGGAUUUGUCAUACAAGCAGAGGACAACAGAGUGCUCAGUGAACAGCAAGUGAGGGACUUCUAUCAUCAAAUAGCAGACCAGCCUGACUUUGAAGAUUUUGUCCUUUUUAUGACAAAUGAGUUGAGCCAUAUUCUAGUUGUAUCUCAAGGAAAUGAAGAACAGCCUGCCUGGGAAGAAACUAAACCCAAUCCUGAGAUUGAAAUUAAAUUCUCUGAGGAUAAUCACAAUCAGGUUGCUACACCUACAAUGAUGAAUAAGAAGUGGGACAGUUUACAAGGAUAUCUGGAAACACAUCAUAUGUCUCAGCUUUGUGAUGUUGAAGAGAAUAUGGAAAAUGUUAAUAAGUUUAUUGAUAUGUUCUUCCCUGAUUUAAAAAAUAUGAAAUUAGAAAAGAUCCUAGCAUUACUUCGACCAGGUCUCUUGCAAGAAAAGAAAGAGGAUGUUUUAAACAUCAUUAAUGAUGAAGGCUUUAAAAUACUGAUGCAAAGAUCAAUCAUAUUGUCAGAAGAGGAAGCACAAACACUGUGCAAGGAAUAUGAAAAUGAAGAUUAUUUUGAAAAUCUUAUCGAAAAAAUGACCAGCGGUCCAUCUCUAGCCCUUGUUUUAUCAAGAAACAAUUGUUUACAAUACUGGAAAGAGUUAAUUGGACCCAGCACUGUUGAAAAUGCCAAGGAAUAUUUUCCAGAGAGCUUAUGUGCACAAUUUGCAGUGGAAGGUUUGCCUAUCAACCAGUUGUAUGGAAGUGAUUCGUUAGAAACCGCUGAAAAGGAAAUCCAAUAUUUCUUUCCUCCUCAACAGACUUUAGCACUGAUUAAACCUCAUGUAACACAGGAACAAAGAGAGGAGAUCUUGAAAUAUAUUAAAGAGGCUGGAUUUGAAAUAACACAGAUGAAGGAAAUAUUACUGAAUGAAGAAGAAGCAGAAAAAAUUUAUUCAAAAAUAAAAAAUAAAGACUUUUAUAAAGAUGUGUUGGAAAUGUUAUCAGAGGGUCUGUCUUUGGUCAUGAUUCUGACCAAGUGGAAUGCUAUUUCAGACUGGAGACGAUUGAUGGGUCCCAUAGACCCAGAUGAAGCAAAGCUACUGUCCCCGGAUUCUAUCCGAGCCCACUUUGGAAGAAGCAUUUUGAAAAAUGCUGUCCAUGGAUCAUCUAAUAUCUAUGAGGCAAAGGAGAGCAUCAACAGAAUGUUUGAAGAGUUGGUUCCUGAGAAACCCUAGGGAAACUAAAGCUCAUGUACACGUGUAUGGCUCUGGCUGCUGACUGGCAUAGAACUGUACACGGCCUCUUCCCAUGUGGAGGGCUGUCCCCAUUUGGAUGAACCCAACUGAGAAUCAGUAUCCAGAGUAUAAUGAGGAAGCAAUGUGACACAGAGAAACCCAUCCACACCCAACCAGGUUCCCUGGGGAGAGAAGAGUAUCUGAUUCCCUUAAUAUUGUCAUUUAGGCUAUGACUUCUCCAGGUAGAAGCAUGUCAUAUCAAAAUAUUAGAUGCAUAAAAUAAAAAUAAA